AUGUUCUCCGUGUCCGAGGCUUUCUUCGCCCUACCAGAUGAAGCAAAGGCCACCGUCCCAUGGAGUCCCAAAAACGUCGGCUGGGAGAAGCUGUCACAGCUCAGACCGUCCACGGGUGCAGCCGACCAGAAGGAGUCGUAUCAACUCCAAUUUGGGGAAAACAUGGACGGCGUCUGGGCCAGCGAUGAGAUCCUCCCCGGCUUCAAGGAACGGUCUCUGGCCUUCAUGCAUCGUGUGCAGGCCAUCUCGGAAAGGUUGAUGCUCUGCCUAGCCCGGGGCCUUGGCUUCCAGGACGACUACUUUAUAAAGUAUCACGAUGCCACCCACCCCGGCGCGCAGUCUGUGCUCCGGCUUCUGCAUUACUUUGAAACUCCGCGCGUCAAUGAUGGAAAGGUGUAUCAUCGAGCAGGCGCCCAUGCGGAUUGGGGAUUUCUGACGCUGCUAUUUCAACGCGAAGGGCAAUCGGGACUCGAGGUUUGUCCUGGUCGUGAGGCUGUCAGCGAGCAUGCCCUGGGUGACCAAUGGACAAAGGUCGAGAUCAAGCCCGGAGUCAUCAUAUGUAAUAUCGGCGACUUGCUCAUGAGUUGGAGCGACGACCGGUUCAAGAGCACUUACCAUCGAGUCAAGGCGCCCUGCGAAGAGGGGGAUUACUACGGUGAGAGAUAUAGCAUGGCUUUCUUCAACCAGCCGUGUAAGGAGGCUGUCAUACAGGGCCCGCUGAAGAAGUAUCCGAUGGUUACUGGGGAGGAGUUCAACCGUAAUGCCAUGAACAGGAUGUACGCUGCUUUGCAGGCGAAGAUGGCUAGGAAUGAAGCCAAGACUUGA